UCCAGUAUUGACCAUGAGGUGUACCUUAGUUCUGUUCUUCCUAACAACUCUGGGCCUGUCGGAAUCAGUUCUUGUCUUAAAAACGAAACAAGGGAGAGCACUUCCCAAUCGUAACUUGGUAAAACUGGAAAGAGGGAUUAUUGCAAAACGUUUUAACCAUCGUGGCCAUAUCGUUCAACAAGGUAUCAAUAAUGGGACAGUCAGAUUGCAUUUAAGUGAUGAAAGUGGCGCAAGCGAAAAUGCAAAACGGCUUCAUAUUGUUCACCGAGGUGACAAUGAUGGCGGCAACACAUUACACACGGAAGACGAAGCCAAUGAAUUCAGAUUUGGGUCUAAUACUGGGAAUAAUGGAACUGUCGUUCAAGAAGGAGCCAACAAGGGAGGUGUCGGCCUAACGGUAGCCAAAAGCGACGCUCCGAUGGCAAAACGUUUGAACGAUCCCUCGGACAGCUACCUGUUCAGGAUUAAUAACGGCAGCAUUGGCCAACAAGGAGAGAACACAGGGGAAAUCGAUUUGAUGAGCAAGCCAAAAGAAGGCACCGUUGUUCAGCAAGGUCUGAAUAAAGGGACACUUGCCUUCACCGAUAAAGGAAAACGUACCUAUGGCUUGAAGGACAAGUUCACCUUUAAGGACAACAAUGGCACUAUUGCCCAGCAAGGCAUAAGCUCUGGCAAAAUUGAGUUGAAUGUCAGAGACGAAAGUGGCAGAGGCGGAUACGUCAAACGUCAGAGUAAUGCCGACAAAUUCUACUUCGCGGCUAACAAUGGCUCCAUCGAACAGAAAGGUUCAAACGCCGGAGAAGUUGCCGAAACCAUAACCAGAGACUUCCACCCUAAAGCAAGCCCUCUUAACGACCCAAAGGAUUACGAUUUUAAGCCAAACAAUGGCACCAUUAUCCAGCAAGGCUUGAACACGGGGACCAUCAAAUUGCCGGGUAAACCAUAUGUUGGAAACAUUCCUCAAGAAGGAAAGAACGAGGGGAUAAUUCUAUACAACGGUAAAGAAGUAAAACCACGAGAUGCACCCAGCCAGUUAAUCUUUACAGGAAAGAGUAGUGAAACGAUUGACCAAAAAGGAACCAAUACGGGAAACAUUAAGGAACAGGAAUAAGCUUGAAUACACGUUCCGCUUUUUAACACUAAACAGAUGUUUUACUAAGUUAACUUUAAUUUGUAAUGCAGUAUUUGUACGCUUUUAGAACUGGUUGAUGCUGAUUGUUCACACAUGAACUGGGCGUAAAGAUGGUAAUUCUAAGUGAGAAAAGCAAUGCUUUGGUUGCAAACUUUUUGCAUGAUCAGUAUUUUUGCCUUAUUUAGCUGAACUAUUGCAAUUUUGUUAAGCAUUUAGUCUUGAUCUUACUCUUAAUUUCUCAGAUUUUAUAAGCUUUUAGAAGCAUUUUAUUAUUACCGUCAAGCACUUUUAACAUGAGUCUCUGCCUUGGUAGAUUGCGCAAGCACUACCCGUGUUAUUGACGUAUAAUAAAUUACUUACUUACA